CAGGACAUCAACCACUCUGGAGAUGGUGGUAUUUACGCAGAGAUGAUUGCCAAUCGUGCUUUCCAGGGUGACACUCUCGAUGGUUAUGUCGGUACAUAUGUGACCGAGUCCGAAAAUCCGAUUGUUCCGUUCGAUCCUGUCAUGACCGCUUGGGCGCCCAUUGGUGAAGGAGUACGCAUGACUCUUGACGUUCUGCAUCCUCUCUCGGAUGCUCUGAGAACUUCUCUCCAGAUUGACUUCCCUUUGAAUGCCACUGGAGAAGUUGGGUUCCAGAACUUCGGCUGGUGGGGCUUCGAUGUCCAUCCCCAGCAGUACAACGCUUCAUUGUUCUACCUGAACAACUAUCCUCGCGACACUCAAGGCAACGCCAGCGACAUCACUGUAUCUUUUCGCUCGAACGUGACUGGCGAGACUUGGGCAAGCUCGACUUUCAAGAAUGUCACGCCAACCUAUAUCGACUUCAAGCAGCUGGAGACCACUUUGCAUCCUAAUGUGACUGCUCCCGACGCCAACAACACUUUUGCCAUCACUUUUGACGGUGCUCAAGUUGCUGGGCAGACCUUCUACUUCAAUCUGGUCUCGGUGUUCCCUGAGACAUUCAAGGGCUACAAGAAUGGUCUUCGUCCUGACAUUGCUCAGGGCUUCUAUGAUCUCAAUCCUCAAUUCUUGAGGUUCCCUGGAGGCAACAAUUUAGAGGGCUACAGUCCUGCUCAGCGAUGGAAGUGGUGGGAGACUCUUGGCCCUCUUCAGGACCGCCCUGGCCGUGUCGGAGACUGGAACUACUACAAUACUCAAGGUCUUGGUUUACUUGAAUACCUUGAAUGGACUGAGGCUAUGGAAAUUGAACCCGUCCUGGCUGUCUAUGCUGGCUUCUCUCUGGACGUCUAUGGACAGAAUGGUGCUUCCUAUCCUCCUGAGCAAAUGCCUGAGAUCUUGCAAGAAGCUCUGGAUGAGCUCGAGUAUUGCAUGGGUGACAACUCCACCAAGUGGGGUGCCAGGCGAAUCGCUGACGGACACCCUGAGCCUUUCAAGAUCAAGUUCGUCGAAAUUGGUAAUGAAGAUUGGUUCAGUGUUACCUAUCCCUACCGCUUCCAGAUCAUGUAUGAUGGCUUGAAGAAGGCAUACCCUGACAUCACCUACAUCAGCACUGCCUUCAACGAGAAUGCCGCUCAUUACAACAUCUCCAUCCCUGAGGGCAAUAUGUGGGACUGGCAUGGGUACCAAGAACCUUCAUGGUUCCUAUCCAAUUUCAAUUUGUGGGACGACUGGCAACAGGAAACAAACAACACCAACGUCACCGUUCUCUUGGGCGAGUACUCGGUCAUUCAGAUCGACACACCCUCUGGCGUUGUCAACUACUCGUACCCUAUUGAUGUCCAUGUCCAGUAUCCUCGUCUUCUCUCCGCUAUCGCUGAGGGUGUCUACGCACUUGGUGCCGAGCGCAACCCUCACACCGUUCGCAUGUCCUCCUACGCACCUUCUCUACAGAACCGCAACUUCACAAAUUGGACUCCCGACAUGAUAUCAUACGAUGCUCUGCACGAAAACACGGUGCUGAGUGCUAGUUACUGGCAACAAUGGCUGUUUGCACACUAUCGUGGUACAGAGACACUACCUGUCACCGCAACGGAGGGACAGAUAAACCCUCUGUUCUGGGCAGCUAGCAUCGACGAGGAGAAGAAUGCUGUCUACCUCAAGGUGAUCAACACGUUGAAUUCUACCGUGCCUCUGAGCGUCAACAUUCCCUCUGCUUACUCGGGUGUCAAUGGCACUUCCAUCACUGCUAGCGAUCUCAACUCAUACAACUAUGUCGGAAACAAGACUGAGGUUAUUCCUCGCCCCGCUGAGAUUGAGUCGUCAGCGAGCUCGGAGAAUGGUUCUGCUUGGUCUUGGGAUGUGCCAAGUACAGUAUCACCGUUUUGCAGUUUGACCUGUGUUGAGUAUCAUGAGAUGAUUGCUUGA